UCGUCAAACGCGAUCCGUGAAAAUGACGGUCUUGAUUUUCCUCCUGUUCAUGAAAUUUUUUCUCGUCGUUUGCGACGGGGGUGACCACAUAUCAGACUUUACGGUUUCCACGAGCCCCAAGGAGAUCGAUUACGCCGAAGGAACGGAGGUUGAGCCUAAGUACUUCCUCCCUUCGGUCCGAUUGAGUGUUAAAAACGGUAGCGUUUUGGUGCCUGCUAGCCUAUCCAGAAUGUUGAACGUCUACGACACAGAAAAACUCAUCGCAUAUUGGGGUGAGACCAAGAGGUCGGUCUCGGGGAGGUGCAGGAGAGACGUGGAGGGCUUCAUGGACGGCUUGAGAAAGGCCGAAAAUUGGGCUUUGAAAAUGGCUGAUGCUAGUGGAAAGUAUUCAUCAGGAUGGUUCUUCGGCAAUCACUAUUGGACAGGAUCGAGGAUUUUAUGCGAAAAUAUUUAUUCUGAGGAGAAUGUGAAAACGAGUGUCUCUAUGAACUCUGUUAGGCUUCCUAGGGAAGCUGAGGUUAGGAGGACGCCUAAGAGUCCAAGCCAAGGUGUUGAAUACGAAUCUACGUCAAUAUGGACAUCUUCAUCGCCAUUUCCUGUUGACUUCUUCAUGUUGAGACUUCAUUUGAGAACGAAUUUCACCACUGAUAACAAGAUAAUACACGUGGGACUAUGUAUGCCUGCUUCCUGUUCAGACAAAGAUGUAGAUCGAAUAGUUAGAGAGACUUCCAAAGGACAUUUUUAUGUAAACGUCGACGUGGAAGCCGUGAGGUCACACCAUGACCAAUUCGUCUUAUGGAUGGACAAGACCUUCAUUCUCCUUUGCUUGGUGACCACCAUCAUUAUGAUUAUGCUGUUCAUAGGAACAGGCUACGAUUUAUAUUCUGACCACAUAACAAAACAAAGAAAGAAACAAUCGACAUAUAAACUAGUGAACGAACAACUGAAACUAGGAGUAACAGAAUCAGAUAUGAAAUCCACCAACGGUAACCACGGAAUCUACAUCAUAAACAAAUCGGAGGACGCUAAUUCGAAUCUCAGCGAGGGAUCGAAUGAAUCUUUGAAUAAGAAUAGGAACAAGUCAGUGUUUGAUUUCGUGGUGAGAGAGAUACUCCUCUCUUUUUCUGUGAGGAUGAACAUGAGGAUCAUUUGCGAUCAGUCUGUUGGUAGCGACACCAUUCCGGUCAUUCAUGGCUUGAAGUCCAUAAGUAUGGCUUGGGUAAUAUUAGGCCACACCUGCAUCAUCGCAUUCAAGUAUUCUGACAACAUGGAGUUCCGCAGAGUCAUCGAGAAGGAUUUCCUGUUUCAAACAAUCUCCAACGGAGCAUUCAGCGUUGACACCUUCUUCUUCGCCAGCGGUCUAUUGGUCUCUUUUCUCUAUUUCAGAACUAACGCUAAGGGAAAACUCGAACCUCUCACCAAAGGCAAGAAAGGAUUUUCAGCAGGUUUCCUGCAUUUCUUCGGUUUGGUCUUCUACAGGUUUUUGAGGUUAACCCUACCCUACCUCAUCACUCUAGGACUUGUCGAUGUCUCCAUGAAAUGGUUCAAUUUUAACUCGGUCUUCGAACCACCUACCUUGGACCACGAAAACUGUGAAAAAUACUGGUGGAGGAAUAUCUUGUACAUCAACACUUUGUUCCCCGUGGAAGAAAUGUGCAUGUUGUGGAGUUGGUAUUUAUCAGACGAUACUCAGUUUUACGUCAUUGGGGCCAUCAUCCUCAUUUUAUCCACGAGCCACUUCAAGAGUGCAGCAUCAGUACUUUUAACACUGUUAGUCAGCUCUUGGAUGACCACCAGUUACAUAGCAUACAGCAAUAGCCAUCUGCCAGGUUCCGAUGAUCCACUCGCGUUGUUCGACAAAAUAUACGACAAACCCUGGACGAGGUUAGGUCCUUACCUGGUUGGCAUGUCUAUAGGGUGGUUCCUCUUCAAGAAAAACUGCCAAUUAUAUAUGAACAAAGUCGUUGUUUUUGUCGGUUGGACCAUAUCUACAGGCUGUUUGUUGGUGUUGGUUUACGGAUUGUACGGAGUGAACUUGAGCCCUGUGAGUGGUGCUGCUUACAGCUCCCUGAGUCAUUCUGCAUGGGCCCUAGGGCUUGGAUGGAUUGUCGUAGCGUGCACGACAGGUUACGGGGGUGUCGUGAACAAAAUUCUCUCGGCAACAAUCCUAUACCCAUUUAGCAGGGUGACCUACUGCGCAUACCUAAUACAUCCAAUCGUGAUACGAGCAAUGGUGAUGAGCAUGGACAGUCCUCUGCAUCUAGGAACCAUCGUAAUGCUGAUUAUAUUCAUGGGUCAAGUCGUCGCCUCCUAUUCCCUCGCUUUCUUCAUGUCUUUAGCGUUCGAGGCUCCAGCAGUAUCAAUGUUGAGGAUAAUGCAGAAAGUUGUAGUUUUCAAGAAGGAACAACAACGCGUUUUACUUCAGACUACGCCAACGUGAAAACCAACGAGAGAUCGUUCUCACUGUACAAAUUAGCCAGUAGGAAACAAAGUUACUAUAAUGAUAAUAUUGUCCAUUUUGAAAUAAUCGAAUUGGAACUUCCAGUGUUUUAAGUGUAGAGUAGGAAAGAAAGGGAUUUUUAAUGGUUUAAAUCCAUCCUGUAGCUAAUUGGUUCACAAAAAUCCAUGGAGGUAGGACCAUAAAAAAUGGAUUUUUUCUUCAGGAAGUGUU